AGUUUGUAUAUAUCCGUACUACUUGAAAUUGGUUUUGUUGUCCACAAGAGUCAAGGCUCACAGAAAUCUCACCACAGAUAAUCUUGUUAGUUUCUUGAGAAAGAUGGAAGCUGCAGAUGUAGCCAAGGAACAUCACAAGGAGGAGAAAAAGGACAAGGAACACGCCAAAGAGGCGAAACCGGAGAAGGAGAAGAAGGAGAAGAAAGAGAAGAACGGCGAAGAGGCGGCGAAACCGGCCAAGGAGAAGAAGGAGAAGAAAGAGAAGAAGGAGAAGGGCAAGGAGAAGAAGGAGAAGGUGGAGGAGACGACGGACGUGGCCAAGCUGCGAGCCAAGCUGGAGAAGCUGGACGCCAAGAUCGACGACCUCAAGGCCAAGAAGCAGGAGAUCGUGGCCCGACUCGUCCAGCUCGAGGAGGGUGCGACGGCAAAUGCUGCUGCUGCAGAUGCGGCACCACCUGCCAGCGGCUGAGGAGGAGGUGAUCUGGGAUUCUUAGGCAGUUCUUGCAAUUGGACAAGAGGAGAAAUUACAAACAUUUUCAGACAUUUGCAGGAUUUGCAGCUAGUGACGAUCUGUUUCUGAAUGGAAGCUUUGGUACAGAAAUUUUUGCCUUCUUACGAUGAUGAUGGUCUCAAGUCGUCUUUGCUGAAGACCAUGGCGCCAUUGAGUGUUGCUUGUAUGAUAUGAUCAGGAAGUGAAAUUUAUAGCGCAAAUGAGUUUCAUUUGCAAGAUGGUGUUGGAGAUUAUGUAUGUGUCACGAUAAUUUUACGACAAGAUCGAUUCAAAUUUUCUAAAAGAAUCAAUUACUACAGAAAUGUGCUCCUAUACCUAA